CCUGCGAUCAGGAAUGCGCUUCCCGUGUUUGAAAGGCAAGGCUCGGGCUUAAACGCAGCGGCGAGGACGGCGUUCUAGCACCUGGACGCGCCGCCUGCGCAUGACCCAGUGCAGGUCCGACCUCUGUCCGGCGGCGUCAUAGACACGUAGAGACCGAGGCGACAUUCCCAGGCUACAAAGGAGCGGUCGCAGAAGGACGUGGAUUUAAAAAAAAAAAAAAAAAAGAUAUGACCGUUUUCAGCUUUCUUGACACGGCCGGCGUUUGCGGAUGUGUCCGCGUUCAUUGCACGGUGCUUCUGAUGUUGCACUGAGCGCGGGACGCGGCGACAGAGCCGUGCUCGAGGGUUCCCGACAUAGCCUAGUGUUCCCCCCGACUCCUCCUAAUUCUUUUUCCCCAUCUGCAAAAUGUUGCCGUGUUUGCGAAGCGCUCUGCGGCCGGUUCUGGCGCUGAGGUCGCCCGCGACGCUGGGACGAGUCCCGACCGCCGUCCUCAAACCGUUACCAAUAACGCCGCUCCACAGUUCCAGCAUGGGCACGCAUCACCACAAGGAGCCGAUGGAGCCCUUGAACUCACCCCAAGGCGCGAGGGAGUUUAUUUAUAGACUGCAUCCCACCGAACGCUCGUGCCUGCUGCGAGAACUCCACAGAUUUGAGUCAAUAGCGAUCGCCCAAGAGCAACUGGUAAUGGCUCCUCCAACUGCAGCACAGCUGAGAUAUGUGCUGCUCCACAAUGCCAUUCCCUUCGUCGGCUUUGGGUUCCUUGACAAUGCGAUUAUGAUUGUUGCGGGCACACAGAUCGAGCUCUCCAUAGGCGUGAUCCUGGGAAUCUCCACCAUGGCAGCUGCUGCUCUGGGUAACCUGGUAUCAGACUUGGCAGGACUCGGACUUGCAGGCUACGUGGAAGCUCUGGCGUGUAGGCUGGGUAUGCAGAUCCCAGACCUGAGCCCUAAACAGGCCGACAUGUGGCAGACCAGAGUCAGCUCUCACACCGGCAAGGCCAUCGGGGUGGGCAUCGGCUGCAUCUUGGGCAUGUUCCCCCUCCUCUUCUGCAAAGACGACGAGGACAAGAACGCGGAGGGGGGCGAGCAGCAGCCGGCACAGCCUCCUCCGCCGCCCGCCGCCGCCCCCAAGAACGCGUGAGGAGAGAGGGGAGGUGCAUCGUGGGGGAGGGACUGCCUCAAGCCCCGCCCCCGCACACACAAAGGACAUCCUUCCGGUCGGACUUUCUCCUCGAGCGGCUGAUUGCAUCCAUGUUUCCCCCCUCCGUCACGACAGACACCCAAGGCCUCCUGCACCAACGCCACAUGCAUGGGCAACCGUUCGUGGAAGGACAGACCUCCUGCAUCUGUGAUUUCCACACUAAACAGCUGUAGUUGUGGGGGAGGGUUUGGCUUUGGAAUCAUGAUCUCGGUCGUCAGUUUGAUUAAUAGUGGGCGGAGUCCACCCUGACAACUCUGUGGCAACCAUGGAGGUGGGGUCAGUCCAUUUCCACUCCGUUUGCAUCAGUAAAAGAAUGCUUCAGGCCACAAUGCUAAUGAGGCUUACCAAAAUGCUAAUGAGGCUGACUGUGAAUGGAGGCUAAUGGGAAAUAAUUAGCAUGAGCUCAUUUGCAUGAUGUCCAGAGUUUAUUUUACUGUUGGGUGGCUUAUUCCUUUAAAGAGUGUAGAGGUGGCUUUGAUUUGAGUUGGAGGUCUUUGAGUUGUUUGUGAGAGUAGGCCUAGUUGUAGUUCAACCUGGCAAAUUUAGCUAAUAGGAUAACUGCCUAAUUUAUAUUCACAGUAUACUGCAUAGGUCAACUUAACUUUGUAAGUGGAAUUUCUGCUCAUUUCCUGGUUUUGAUAGUAUGAGAGAGGAACUGAAUCUUCAGGAAAAUUCAGAAUCACAUAAUCAAUGUAAACACGCAGAUGCUAUAGCCAGAGACCCACCACACCCCCGAGAUCAGGCCAUGUACAGUGGUGGCCUCUUACGUCCCUGGGUCUGCAGCUACGCUGGACUGGCAUGUAGCCACGGUCUCUGAUUGUAUCCUUACGUUACACACAUCAGCAACUGUCUCAUAGUGACUUUGCAGAAAGCAGGACUUGGCAGAAGCCCAAGGGUGUGUUUCUUUUUGCCCAAAAAUCCAAUGUAACCCAAUUUAGUAGUGCAAGUGAAAUGAUUUCUUCACCCCACCACCAGUGGGCAGUAAAGAGGCAGGCUUGAAACAGAAAGAAAAUAGGGGUGGGGGGUGGGGGGAUCUGAGAAUUCAGAAUUCAGGGGAUCUCAGAACAUCCCUCCUUCCAGGCGAAAGCAUACAAACACCCAUAAACACACACACACACACACUCCCACACACGCACACACGCGCGCGCACGCACACACACACACACACACACACACACACACACACACACUCACACACGUACCUCAGCCAUGCUUCAGUGUUAUGUGCCUUAAUGCAGGGUUGGCCAGUUUCUGCGGCAUGGAGGAGGAGUCUUGCAGACGUGUGUUGAGCCGCUAGGCCAACCCUGGUUUAACUCGCACCGCAAGCCCGCAUCCUGCUAACGCCAUCAAAACAAAGGGGAAAGCUAUUACAUAACCGUGUCCUUAUUUCCAGAACUGGAGCUUUGCACACUUGUUUGAUUUGCUUUUGUUUACUGGUUGUUUAUUUGUUUUCAUCAAACAUGCUAUUCUCUUUAUUUAUUUAUUGUUUAUUUCCUUUUGUGUCAAUCAUAAAGUGUUUUCCGUUAUUUAAAGUUUUGAACAUAAGAGUACCAAGGCAGCAGGCUCCGCAGUUCUGCCGACGGCUCCAGGCUCCCGAUGUUGGAAUCUAGGGUGCCGUAACCAUGGGAACGCAGCGUUCUUUCAGUAGGGGCUUCCUGCUGAGUCUGACAGCCAGACUGCAGCCACGGCAACGAGAUCUCGCUGACCUCACUCGCUUGUUGUCUUUGCCAGAAAAAGAAGGAAGAAGCACAAUCAUUCAUUGACAAAGAGCAGCGAAUGCUGGCCUGACUGUGUGCGUGCGUGCGUGCGUGAUUUCCUCGUUGUAGAAUCCAGUAUAGGUAAGGCUGAAUGAAGUAAUAUAAAAAAAAAAAUGUUUCCAUAUCACAGAUGUGUUUAUACAGAAUAUAUUGGCGGAUUCCACAGAGUAUGAAGGAAACACGUGUUCUAUGUAACUGCAGUGCACAGAUGUCAUUUGAGACUUAUCUGGCUUGUCACCAUGCAUUCUAUAAACAUGCACACACCACUAUAAGGAAACAUUUUUUUAUAUACCUGCAUGCAUGUUAAAUUAUUUAUUAAAGUUUCUGAAUGGGAUAAAACACUGCCUUUAAUGUUCUGUUUUGUACUGAGCCUGUUAUUUUCUCCAGUUUUGUUCCUUGUUCACAGAAUUCAGCUUCUGAUUUGCAUAUGGUAAUGAGAAAGUUUAUCGUCUUGAACUUAACCAAUCAGCAGACAGAGCCCUGGGGACUUCAUCAAAGAUCUAAUUAAGUUAUGACGGCCUCUUCCUUUUUGUUGAACUAACUAGCUUUGAGAUCUGUAGCUGUGAUCACUGAGCUUAUUGUUAAGUAUUAAAGACUAGAAAAAAUUUACUCUAAAGAAUUGAGUUUUGUAUCUAACUUGAUGGUUAAUCUCUUCUAUUUGAACUGAUGCUGGGGUGUUAAAAUCUAAAAUGGUUCUUUCUCUUCACUGGUGAUGUAGUAUGACACAGUUCUCUAACAAUCCUUGGUUAUAGUUUUUUGUUAUAAAUGAACAUGUGACUGUUUUG